GGUCGACGGCGCAGCCUCUCGCUAUCUCGCUCGUUUCUCACCUUAGUCUUUCUUUUAUCCUGCCGUCUCGUUACAAAGAUGGCUCCAUAUCGACAGCGAUACGAUCAUGCUGCUGGCGCGCCUGCGCGGAAGCCAUACACACUCCUCGGACGCCUACCUAUGACCGUGACGGGAACAGCCAGCCGCCAGGGUGCCGUACUAGAUGCUGUCUGCCACAAAGAACUAGUAUCGCUAGCGCACACUGAUCCUGAGAAGGUGUGGGCGCCUGAACAGCGCCUGGCUUCUCAUCAUCCUCAAGGCUCGGCAGGCUCGACUAUGCAGUACGGCCUGCGUGACAGACCUAUCGUUGUAGCCUCCACGGGUCGGCACGGGUCCCACUCUUCUCCUGGCCACCUUCCGUGCCGUUGGGGAACAUGCCGCAUUCCCCUCGAUGACCAUAGCCCUGGAGGGCUUAAACGCCACCUUCAAGCUUUCCAUAAUCGCGCGAUUACGCCCCCAGGCGGUCUAGCCUCCAACGCUGCAGGGAAAGCGGGCGUCGGCUGGCGCCAAGCCCUCGCAACUGUGCUGACGUGCCACUGGACGUUGGACGAUGGCCAUACCUGCGAACAAGAGUACAAGACGCUGCUCACGCUAGCGCGCCACAUCUCGACUUGUCAUUGCAAGUAUGGGAGAAGAAUUUGCGGUUGGUGCAAGAAGACGUUCAGUCGAGGAGACGCCUUGACGCGUCACCAACAAACUAGCUGCCCCACGCCCCCGGCGCGUAGCCUGGGAGGCGAUGUCGGCCGGCUUGGAGGUUUCGACUCGGGUCCCCUUCCUCCGUGCGAGUAGUACAUGGAUCUCAGGAGCUUCUCUGUGGUUCAGGGGUUGCACAGUAGUGGGAAUGCUGUGCGGGGCAGCUAAAGACACUGGACGUGCGGUGAGAAUGCGCCCCUUGAGAACGGAUACUCAGGCUGGGCCUGUUUAGAAUCCUUCUAUGUGAGAUCUGAAUUAUUGUGACUGACACACUGGCGUCUCGAAUGGUGACAUGUAGUACUGCCUCCCCCCUUGCUUUUCCCGAUCUA